UAAAAGGAAACAGCGGGACCAUUUGCGGGUCCCAUCUCACGCGCACUAUAUUCUCAUUACCUUUUACCGCUUUCCUUCUAUUAAAAUUUAUAACCCCAUACCUCGAUCUAUGAUUAAUCCGAUCAGACGCGUACAUUCAAAUUCAACGGGGCUCAUGGCUUCAGACACCAAACUGAAUCUAACGGUGAUCGCCCUCCUCAUCACCACCGUUGCCGCUGCAACCGGAUACACUAACCACACUGUCGGCGGUGACGCCGGCUGGUUCUUCGAUUCCAACACUAAUAAAUCCGCCGUUGAUUACUCGUCUUGGGCUGCUAAUCGAACUUUCAAUCUUGGUGACUAUCUCGUAUUUAGGACUAGUACAAAUCAGACGGUGAUCCAGACCUACAAUGAGACGACGUACCAGAGCUGCACGAUGGACGAUGCUUCAGAUACUGAUACCUUCCAGUACAACGGAGGCAACACAGACUUCGAUCAAUUGUUGACCAUCACAGUGCCGUUGACCAUUGAAGGCACAAACUACUACUUCUCCGACGCCGACGAUGGUGUCCAGUGCCAGCGUGGCAUGGCAUUCGAGAUCCUCGUCAAUCACGGCAUCGGGUUGCCCCCCAGCCUCAACCAGCCGCCCCCUCCGCCAUACGUCGAGCCGCCUGGAGCUGACUCGGCCCAGUCUCCACCUGUCACUAUUUCUGGUGUAUCGCCGUCGUUGAAUAACGGUGCGGUGGGGGUCGGCGCAGGAAUAAUGCUGUGUUCGCUUCUCUUUGCAGUUGCAGGAAUGUUGAUGUUCUAAAGUGUUAAUUUGGCACGGUCGUCGGCCGGCCAAGAUUUAUUCCGACGUGUUUGAGGUUUAGGGAAAUAUUUAUCCAUAUACUUUGUUCCUUUUGUUGAUUGAUAAUUUUGAAACAGCAAUGAAUCAUAUACCUUUGCUAAA